UAAAAUGUCAACUCUGGUUUCUUUCUGCAGGUUUUAUUUUGCUUCUGAAUUCCUGCUCUGCAGACAGCAAUGGCAGCCCGGGUUCUUGUCAUUGGUAGUGGAGGAAGGGAACAUACCCUGGCCUGGAAACUUGCACAGUCUCGUCAUGUCAAACAAGUGUUGGUUGCCCCGGGAAAUGCAGGCACUGCUUGUUCUGGGAAGAUCUCAAAUGCUGCCGUCUCCAUCGAUAAUCAUGCUGUCCUUGCUCAGUUCUGCAAAGAUGAAAAAAUUGAAUUCGUGGUUGUCGGACCAGAGGCCCCUCUGGCUGCAGGAAUUGUGGGAGACCUGAGCUCUGCGGGAGUACGAUGCUUUGGCCCCACGGCAGAAGCAGCUCAGUUAGAGUCCAGUAAAAGAUUUGCCAAGGAGUUUAUGGGCCGACAUGGAAUCCCAACUGCACAGUGGCAAGCUUUCACCAGUCCUGAGGAGGCCUGCAGCUUUAUUAUGAGUGCGGACUUCCCUGCUUUGGUUGUGAAGGCCAGUGGCCUUGCAGCUGGGAAAGGGGUGGUUGUCGCGAAGGACAGAGCAGAAGCCUGCAAAGCUGUACAGGAGAUCAUGCAAGAGAAGUCUUUUGGAGCCGCUGGGGAAACGGUGGUUGUAGAAGAGCUUCUGGAAGGAGAAGAAGUGUCUUGUCUGUGUUUCACUGAUGGGAAGACGGUGGCCCCGAUGCCCCCAGCACAAGACCACAAGCGAUUGCUGGAUGGAGAUGAGGGCCCCAACACAGGGGGCAUGGGAGCCUACUGCCCAACACCACAGGUUUCUAAAGAUUUGUUACUAAAAAUUAAAAACACUAUUCUUCAGAGGACAGUCGAUGGCAUGCAGGAGGAGGGUGCGCCUUACACAGGAAUUCUCUAUGCUGGUAUAAUGCUGACCAAAGAUGGCCCAAAAGUUUUGGAGUUUAAUUGCCGUUUUGGUGAUCCAGAAUGCCAAGUAAUCCUCCCGCUUCUGAAAAGUGACCUUUAUGAAGUGAUUCAGUCCUCCUUCGAUGGCCUGCUGAGCGCAUCGCUGCCUGUUUGGCUAGAAAACCACACUGCCGUAACUGUUGUCAUGGCGAGCAAAGGGUACCCUGGAGCCUGCACCAGGGGUGUGGAGAUCACGGGGUUUCCUGAGGCCCAGGCGUUAGGCCUACAGGUCUUCCAUGCAGGCACUGCUCUUAAGGAUGGAAAAGUGGUGACCAGCGGGGGCAGAGUCCUCACAGUGACAGCCGUCCAGGACAAUCUUAUGUCAGCCCUUGGUGAAGCCAGGAAAGGACUCGCCGCUAUAAAGUUUGAGGGAGCAGUUUACAGGAAGGACAUCGGCUUCAGAGCUGUGGCCUUCCUCCAGCGGCCCAGGGGCCUGACUUACAAGGAAUCUGGGGUAGACAUUGCAGCUGGAAAUAUGCUGGUUAAGAAAAUCCAGCCUUUAGCAAAAGCCACCUCCAGACCAGGCUGCAGCGUUGACCUUGGAGGCUUCGCUGGUCUUUUUGAUUUGAAAGCGGCUGGCUUCAAAGAUGCUCUUCUAGUCUCUGGGACAGACGGGGUGGGGACCAAGCUAAAGAUCGCCCAGCACUGCAAUAAACACACCACCAUUGGUCAAGACCUGGUCGCAAUGUGUGUAAAUGACAUCCUGGCACAGGGAGCGGAGCCCCUCUUCUUCCUCGAUUACUUCUCCUGUGGAAAACUUGACCUCAGUACAGCUGAAGCUGUCGUUGCUGGAAUUGCUGAGGCUUGUAGGCAAGCUGGCUGUGCUCUCCUGGGAGGGGAGACCGCAGAGAUGCCUGACAUGUACCCUCCUGGCGAGUACGAUCUUGCUGGCUUUGCUGUUGGUGCUGUGGAGAGAGACCAGCAGCUCCCUCGGCUGGACAGGAUCGCAGAAGGCGAUGCUGUUGUUGGAAUAGCUUCGUCGGGUCUUCACAGCAAUGGCUUUAGCCUUGUGAGGAAAAUUGUGGAGAGGUCUUCACUCCAGUACUCCUCUGCAGCGCCUGAUGGUUGUGGUGAUCAGACUUUAGGGGACUUACUUCUAACUCCAACCAGGGUCUACAGCCAUUCGCUGUUGCCCAUCAUACGGUCAGGCCGUGUCAAAGCUUUUGCUCAUAUCACUGGAGGCGGAUUGCUGGAGAACAUCCCCAGGGUCCUCCCUCGGAAAUUAGGAGUGGAUUUAGAUGCCUGCACCUGGAGGGUUCCCAAGGUCUUCUCGUGGCUGCAGCAGAAAGGACAGCUCUCUGAGGAAGAAAUGGCCAGGACGUUCAACUGUGGCAUUGGAGCUGCCCUCGUGGUGUCAAAGGACCAGGCAGAGCAGGUUCUGUGUGACAUUCGGCAGCGCCAGGAAGAGGCCUGGGUGAUAGGCAGUGUUGUUGCCUGUCCUGAAGAUUCUCCUCGGGUCAGAGUCAAGAAUCUGAUUGAAACCAUGCGAACACAUGGGUCUGUGGUGACAAAUGGCUUUCUGAGAAGUAAUUUCCCUGCCCAACAAAAGAAGGCAAGAGUGGCUGUCUUAAUAUCCGGAACAGGGUCGAACCUCCAGGCACUCAUAGACAGCACUGGGGAUCCCAAGAGCUCUUCACACAUUGUUGUUGUCAUCUCCAACAAGGCUGCCGUCGCUGGCUUAGACAAAGCAGAAAGAGCUGGCAUUCCCACCAGGGUAAUUAAUCAUAAAUUAUACAAAAAUCGUGUUGAGUUUGACAACGCAGUUGACCACGUCCUGGAAGAGUUCUCUGUAGACAUAGUCUGUCUUGCAGGAUUUAUGAGAAUUCUUUCUGGCCCUUUUGUCAGAAAAUGGGAUGGGAAAAUGCUCAACAUCCACCCAUCCUUGCUCCCUUCUUUCAAGGGUUCAAAUGCUCAUGAGCAAGUCCUGGAAGCUGGAGUCACAGUCACAGGCUGCACUGUACACUUUGUAGCUGAAGACGUAGAUGCUGGACAGAUCAUCCUACAAGAAGCUGUCCCUGUGAAGAGGGGUGACACUGUGGCAACUUUGUCUGAAAGAGUCAAAAUAGCAGAACAUAAGAUCUUCCCUGCAGCCCUCCAGCUGGUGGCCAGUGGGACUGUGCAGCUUGGGGAAGACGGCAAGAUCCAUUGGGCCAAAGAGCAGUGAAGCCCGGUGCUGAAGGACUGGCUGUUGGCUUGGUGCCUUUUCAUCAUACCUUGACCCAAACUAAAAUAAACAGAGUCAUUAAAAACAAAAACUUAAUUGGCUUUU